AAACAAUACCUAAGGCAGCUGUCAAUGUUCAAAUAUAAUAACAUUUAUUGUUUACUGCUUACACUAAAGGUUUCCUGAUAGUGUAUUGAUAUCAUAGUUCAGUACUGCCUGCAUAAUUUCAUGUAGAUCAUAUGUCAUGACAUAAUCAAUAGAAAUAGAUUUAUAUACAUGUCUAGAUGGGUUUUUUUAAUUUAAUGACAAUGAAACUGAAAGUAUGCAUCAUAGAUGACAAGAAAAUAUUAAAACUAUUAUGCUAAAAUUGCUCUAGUGUUUAUUAAUAUCAUCUGUAUCCUCAAAAAACAAUGUUUGCAGGAUUACUAUACGUAGAAAAUAGAACUUGUACUCUGUUAAGUGAAGAAAUAGUUGCACACCUUGGCAAGGAUAAAGUUAUCACUCAUGGGAUUGAGGAGAAAAACACAACAGCAGAUAAACUUACUCAUACCGGCAAACUUAUCGUAAAACGCAUUGGCAAUGCAGAUUCCUUUAUAGUAAUUGUUGAUGAUGUCCACUGGAAAACUUUCUGGAAUGAAACAUCAAACAAGAUUCCUAAUAAACUUGAAGAACUUUUAGAUGAAGAUGAUGAUGAAAAUGAUGAUACUGCAAAUAAAAGCCACAAUUUCAUCCUGGUUGUUGGAAUUAAUACCAACAAAAAUGAAGAAAUUAAAGAAAAGGAAUUCAGUAAAUACCUUGGUAGUCAGAGUAUAUCAUCAAAAGUCUGUCAUAUGCUGAAGUCACUUGAAGACCACACACCUAACACAGUUAACAGAUUAGCCAAAGAAAUUGUUGAGAAGUUUACCAAUCAACUGUGUCCCGAAGAGCCUUGUUUGGACACGAUUGAUAAUGGUACACCAAACUCCACACCAGUGCAGACUCCAGUAGUUAGCAUUGAGCCAAAAUGGACACAUCCUGUGAGUACAGAAGAGGAGAAAAACAACAUGGCUACUGAAAGCCACUCUGGAAAUUCCAAAGCUGAUGAAGGAAAUACAUCAGAUACCCAAGAGCCAGAUUUCACUGUUCCUUCCACAUCAAGUGAAGACGAAGACCAAGAAGACAUUAAUUGCUACAACCUCAAGACUCCUGGUCUCUGCCUGUAUAUUGUUGAACUUGAAUUUGAUCCAGAGGAUGAAAAUGUUCAACUGGAGAAGAGACAUGCCUCAAUUGCAGAGUUUGGAAAAAUCAAAGAUGCUUUUGAGAGGCUAGGUUGUUUCGUUAAGAAAAAGACGAACCCAACAAAACAAGAAGCUCUGGAAUUUUUACAAAAAGGGAAAGAAUGGUGUGAGAAGCUGAAGCCCAGUUUUUUGGUGCUGAUAAUAAGUACUCAUGGGCAAGAAGUACCAGAUAUCACUAAAGAAAAGAACAGUGCUCCGGUUAAACCAUCAGAGGGCAUUGGUAAAACAAGAUCAAAGAAAGAAAUGGUGCAUCAACUGUUCUUCCACGAUGGACAGACGCUGUUGACCAAGGACAUCAUUCAGAUGUUUGGGCGCCGUAGCUGCCCUGCUCUCACCGAAAAACCUUGCACAUUUUUCAUUCAGGCAUGCAGAAGUCGUUUUGGGGUGGAAAAUCAUGUCAAUUAUGAUGAAGGAGUGAUUCUUUCUGUCAACUCAACUGAAAAUAUGACGAAAGAGAGACAGUCAGAAACAGAUUCUGAAGAUGCCUCAAAGGGGGAUCCACUCAAAGACACUUCAGAUGCUAAACGGAGUAUUAUCAAGCGUUCAAAGGAAGAUGAAGAAGAAAGAGUCCGUGAGAUCACAGCUCGGUACAAAAUAGAUCAAUUCGGUGAAUAUAUGACAUGGUUUAGAAACACCAAUGCUCCAUCACUGGCAUCUGAAGAUGAUUCUGAAGCGGUCCAAAAACUGAGGGUAGCAUUAAACUGUGAUGUCUUAAAACCCCAGGAAACUGAGGAAAUAAUGGUUUUGUGUAAAGGAUAUGAAAAGUACACCUUGGAUUUCUUUUACCCAGAGCCUUCAAUAAGCGAUCCUGCACCAUGCACCAAUGAUUCACUCGUCAUGUUUGCUUCUGCACCAGGAAAAGAGGCUUACAACAGAGAAAGGCAAGGAGGAUGGCUGAUCACAAACCUAGUGGCACAGAUAAAGGAAACGUUGGACCAAAAACCAGAGAAGGUUGACCUACUAGCAGAGUUGACAAAGGUGUCGGGAAGAAUUGCAUUCAACUAUGAGACUGAGACAGGCUCUUUGACGGACAGUGGCCAUAAGUCAGUGCCCAGUCUCUAUCAUAAACUCAGUAAAGACAUCAUAAUCUGGCCAGAGGAGAUGGAGAAGACAAUGCAGUUGUUAGUUGAGAAAGAGGGCUCCGAAUGGGAGAAAUUUUCCUUUUAGGAUCCUUAAGUAGGAUUAACAGGUGAUGAUAGGAGUCUUUAGCAUCUAGUGUGGGGUAACAGAAUCAAAAUGGACAAUUAAUCUGAUCCUUUGAGAUCGUUUUACAUAUUGAAGAAUUAUUAGUGAUUUAUAAAAGUUAUGUACUCACCAGCAACUUUUAACAAUAAAAGGAGUUUGUUUGAUUUAUGUAAGCAUAUAAUUUUUGAAACAUGUUUUAUAAUGAAUACUAAUCAAACUGACUGUUUAUCAUUUGAUAUUAAUAUACAAUUCUGAUUUUAUAUGCUACCUCUUUUUCUUAACUUUUAAUAUCAUGCAUCCUGUUUUACCCUGCUUGUACAUGUCAUUGCACAUAUAUAUCUUAAAUUAUUUAGAAGAAUUUCGGCUAUUAAAUUAAUAUGGUUGGUGUUUUGGAAAUACAAAAAUUUAAGUCUGAAUGAACAAUUUUUACAUCAAUUAUAUUUGAAUAUUGUUAAUUUACUCCUCUGAUUGCUCAAAUGAACAUAUCUGUAUGUAAUGAUUUUUUUUACUCUUGGUGAAUGACAUCAAUGCAUAUGUGCUAAUACCCAAUCGUUUUCCUAAAUUGUUUGUUGAAAUUACUGUUUGGUAAAAUGAAACAUUUUGUAAUGGAUUGUUUUACUCUUGAUGAAAGACAUCAAUGCAUAUGUGCUAAUAUCCAAUCAUUUUCCUAAAUAUACGUAGCUAGUGGAAAUUAUUGGUUGGUGCAAUGCAACAUUUGGUAACAGACUGUUUAUUUGGCUUCAGAAUCUCAAAACAUAAAUGCUACCACAUUGACUGGUACAUUCCAUAUCCAGAUUUUCCAACAGCUUUUUAUGUUAAGUUUUAAAACAUUAGUUAUAAAUGCUCAUCACUCUGAAGCCCUGUAUACUGUGAUAACAGAAAGUGUUUAAUGUUGCAAGCUAAUAUAUUGUAUGUAUGGAGAAACUGUGAUCUUUAUUUUUUACUUAUCAAGUAUACAUAUGAUAGUCUGAUAGUUUUUAACUAUGAAAAUACCAUCUUGUUUUCUUUGAAAAAGUAUAACUUUUUCAUGGUAUAAACUAAGCAUUUGGCAAUGGUUCAUUCCAACUUGAAAUCAUUAUUGCUCAAUGCGUGAAUUAGAUAGGAGUUUGGUCAGUAGGGUCUAAGCUAGAUUAGAAUUAACUUUCUCCUUCAAUAACAUACGUGUAUGUAUGCAUGUACAUGUUCCUAGUCAAAGACAAUGUUAUAGUUAGGAUCCAAUGUUAACCAAAGAUUUGUACAGAAACUGUAGCAUCUUUUGUUUGAAAUUCUCAGCUAUGAUCUCAUGGUUUUAUUGUAUCAGUUCUUUGAUCUUGAUUUUCUGUAUGACAGAGCAAAACAUGACUUUAUCUGCAUUAUUGUGUUUUGAAUUAUUUUUACCUCAGUCUAUAUCUCUCAGUGAUGUUAUUCACUUCUAUAUAUGAUUAUGUUAUUGAUUUUCUUGUUGCCUUUCUUUCAUAGGAUUUAAAGUGAUUUGAUUUACUGAAUUGUAUCAUUAAAACUCAUUAAAGAA